AUGAUUUCAGCAAAAACGUGCAGAUUGAGAUAGAUUCGAGGUGAAGGAGACAUUUCUUGUGUGUGGACGUUUGAGUCACAGACCACAGCUGCGUACUUGGAAAGUCACAUUUUCUAAAGUUCCUGUGGUGGUGGAAAGGAUACAGUGUUUCCCCGCUGAUGCCACCUGCCAAGCCGCGAAGAGGAAAUGAGAGUUUGGUGCAACUUCUGAUGUUGACCGGGAUGACCUGUGUCAGUAAACAUGCAGAGAAGUGACAGGCAGGAAGAAUGAACAUAUUUCAGCUGACCUCCACACCUCCGUUUCCAUUUCUUACGCUAUAGCUGAUCAGCUUCCCUGGAUUUCGCUGAACAUCCCGCUUUGUUUUGCUUGAAAAUGGAAACGCUGGAGUCGGAGCUGACCUGCCCAAUCUGUCUGGAGCUUUUCGAGGACCCACUGCUGUUACCCUGCGCUCACAGUCUUUGUUUCAAUUGCGCCCACCGAAUCCUGAUCUCCCACUGCACCCCCAGCGAGCCAAUUCAGUCCAUCAGCGCCUUUCAGUGCCCCACCUGUCGCUAUGUCAUCACCCUCAACCAGAGGGGCUUAGAGGGACUCAAACGCAACGUCACUCUGCAGAAUAUCAUCGACCGCUACCAGAAAGCUUCUUUAAGUGGACCCAACUCUCCUAACGAGACUCGGCGUGAGCGAGCCGUCCCUGACAGCACAGCCAUGACGUCCCCCUGCAACCGGGUCCAGUGUCAGUUCUGCGAGCAGGACCCUCCGCAGGAUGCCGUGAAGACUUGCGUCACCUGCGAGGUGUCAUACUGCGAGGAGUGUCUCAAGGCCACCCAUCCAAACAAAAAGCCCUUCACGGGCCACCGUCUAAUCGAGCCUUUGCUUGACUCCCAUCUACGAGGGCUUAUGUGUCUGGAGCACGAGGACGAGAAGGUCAACAUGUACUGUGUGACGGAUGAGCAGCUGAUCUGCGCAUUGUGUAAGCUAGUUGGCCGACACCGAGACCACCAAGUAGCAGCCCUCAGUGACCGAUAUGACAAACUCAAGAAAUCUCCCGGCCGCUUUCUCUGUGUGGGGCGUGAUCAUUCGUUCCAGGAGGCAGAGCAGCAAGCCUUGGAUUCCAACCUCAGCAAUCUAAUCAAGAGGACCAGUGAGUUGGAAAGUCUGAUGGGCAAACUUAUCCAAACCUGCCAACAUGUGGAGGUAAAUGCAUCGCGACAAGAAAACAAGCUGCAGGAAGAGUGUGACCUGCUGAUUAAUAUCAUACAGCAGCGAAGACAAAUCAUAGCUACCAAGAUAAAGGAGGGCAAGUCUGUGAGGCUGAGGAAGCUAGCCCAGCAGAUAGCCGGCUGCAAGCAGUGCAUUGAGAGGUCCUCCUCGCUCAUCACUCAGGCUGACCAAACCCUCAAGGAGACAGACCACACUCGCUUUCUUCAGACAGCUAAAAGUAUCUGUGAGAGAGUGUCUAUGGCAACAGCGUCCUCCCAAAUCCUGUUACCAGAAAUUAACCUGAAUGACACAUUUGAUACUUUUGCUUUGGACUUCACAAGGGAGAAGAAAAUGCUAGAAAGCUUAGAUUACCUCACAGCGCCAAAUCCACCAGUAAUCCGCGAGGAACUCUGUACAGCUUCAUAUGACACGAUCACGGUUCACUGGACAUCAGAUGAUGAAUUCUCUGUUGUAUCAUACGAGCUACAGUAUGCCAUCUUCACCAGCCAAUCUAAUGUUGUCAGUUUGUGUAAAUCUGCUGAUAGCUGGAUGAUAGUACCAAACAUCAAGCAAAAUCACUACACGGUGCAUGGACUCCAGUGUGGCACUAAGUACAUUUUCAUAGUGAAGGCCAUAAACCAGGCUGGGACCCGCAGCAGUGAACCAGGGAAACUCAAGACAAACAGUCAGCCAUUCAAACUGGACCCAAAGUCUGCUCACCGGAAGCUGAGGGUGUCCCAUGACAACCUGACAGUAGAGAGGGAUGAGACAUCGUCCAAGAAGAGCCAUAGUCAGGACCGCUUCUCCAGCCACAGCAGCUACGGUGUCACGGGAAAUGUCUACAUCGACAGUGGGCGCCAUUACUGGGAGGCUCUGAUUGGGGGAAGCACAUGGUUUGCAGUAGGAAUUGCGUACAAGUCAGCACCGAAACACGAGUGGGUCGGCAAAAACUCAGCCUCCUGGGUGAUGUCUCGCUGCAACAACUCAUGGGUGGUGCGUCACAACAGUAAAGAGAUUCCCAUCGAGCCCUCGCCCCACCUGCGGCGUCUCGGGGUGUUGUUGGACUAUGAUUCUGGAUCUCUGUCUUUUUAUGACGCUGUUGGUUCUCAGCACUUGUAUACGUUUGACAUUGACUUUGCUCAGCCAGUCUGCCCUGUGUUCAAUGUUUGGAACAGAUGCCUAACAAUCCUGAGUGGACUGCCUAUCCCAGAUCACUUAGAGGGAACAGACUACAACAACUGAUAAACCUGCCCCGUCUUUCCUGGAUUUUCUUUUUUGUAUCCAGAAAGCGACUUGAUAGUGUGCACCUUUGAAAAAAAGAAAAAAGGAUACAGUGAUAUUGGUGUAGAUUUCUAAAACUAAUCGGAGCUAUUUAAUAAAUGUUUUCUUUGCUUUGCACAUUUAUGUACAUUACUCUUUUGGGUGGUUUCGAUGGUUGGUGACAAUUCCAAAUUCACUAGCUGGCUCCACAUUUUUUUACCUUCAUAUUGCACACUUUUUAUUAAUAUACUUUUAAGGAAAAUGGCGAAUUUUUAAUGACAUCUAUUAAGGGGGCUCAUAUGUUUGUGGAAGGUUGAUUUAUAGGCCAUUUGAAAUUUUGUGUUUUUGAACUUUUUUAAGUCGUAGCACUUUGAUAAAGUUGUCACUAUAAUAUAAAUGUUUACUUGUCAAUGUUUCUAAGAAAAAAACAUGUAAAUGCAGGAUCCAAGAAUAAUAGUUAAGAACGGUUUCACUUUUUAAUUCUAAUAAGAAAUCAGUCAAUUCAGGGGUUUUUAUGUAUUUAUUUCUGAAAAUGCUCUAGUAAAGUUUAGCAUCUCGGGAAUAUUCAUCUCCUCAUUAAAGCCGUUUUAAAAUGGAUCUUCAUCAUAAUUAUGCCAUUUUAAGUUUCUCUGACAAGAUCUAAUAAAAGUGACUUCGCAUGAUUA